AUGGGUGUCACACAGCCUCUUGAUAUCACUCAAGCAUCAAUCGGCCAAAUUCUACAUGCUUUGUCCACGACUAAGCUUACAGCCGUAGAUCUUGUGGCCAGGUUCCUACACCGGGUCGGCAAACUUGACCAUCGGGGGCCUUGCUUCAACUCCAUUUGCAUACUCAACCCCAACGUUUUUGACGAAGCGCAGGCCUCGGACGACUACCGCGCUUCCGGUCGUCCCCCGAGAGCUCUUGAGGGGAUUCCUUUCACCGUCAAGGACAGCUACCAGGUCAAGGGCCUUACCGUCGCAGCCGCCUCGCCCGCCUUUGAGAAUCUGGUGGCGUCGUCUGAUGCCGCUGUCGUCGAGCUUCUCCGCGCUGCCGGCGCAGUGCUCAUAGGAAAGACCAACAUGCCCCCCAUGGCCGAUGGAGGAAGCCAAAGGGGCCUCUACGGCCGUUCCAGCAGCCCGUACAACCCCGUGUACCUGUGCACCAGCUUCGCCUCCGGGUCGUCGUACGGUUCUGGGGUCGCCACGACCGCCUCAUUUGCGCCCAUUGGUCUCGGGGGUGAAACUGUCUCGUCAGGACGAGCUCCGGCUUCACACAACGCACUGGUGGGAUACUCGCCGUCGAGGGGCGUCAUUCCUUCUCGCGGCCAUUGGCCGCUGUAUCCGACGUGCGACGUGGUGGCGCCUCACACGAAAUCGGUCGCUGACAUGCUGGCUCUCCUGAGCGUUAUUGUCGCCGACGAUGGGGAACCAAAGGGGGACUUUUGGCGCGAGCAGACGGUCGUCCCCAUUCCUCUCAGCUCCGAGGUUCGCCCAAAAGACUUCUCAUCUCUGAUGGACCCCGACGCUCUGAGAGGGAAACACGUCGCGGUGCCCAGGUGCUAUAUCGGGAAGCAGGCGUCUUCAGGCUACUCCGUGGUCUGUUCGGAAGCCACCCAGAGUCUGUGGGAGCAAGCUCGCAUUGAUCUGGAGGUACUCGGGGCCAAGGUCACCGAGACAGAUUUCCCGCUGGCCGAGAACUACUCCAAGCAGCUCUACCCCGGACAGGCCGCCAACAUCCCCGGGAUCCCAAGCACGUGGAUUGAUACUGAGCGGUGUCAAAUGAUUGCGACAGCUUGGGACGACUUCCUGCGGUACAACAACGACCCAAGCUGUUCUCGCCUGGAGGGUGUUGAUCAUCGUCAGAUCAACCCCGAUCUCGCCCCUAUGGACAACAGAUCAGAGCACACAGAAGAGCAGAACCAUGUACGCUACGCGGAUAUGUUGGACUUCAUACAGCACCGCCCAAGUUCCAUCCGAGACCUGCCGGGAUGCGCGGAUGCGCUCCUCGCUCUAGAAGAUGCUCGCAAGAGGGACCUGGACGACUGGAUGGACGCGAACGGCUUCGAUGCCGUCGUUUUCCCGACAAACGGCGACGUCGGACGCGCCGACUCCGAACACAACCGGGAGGCCAUGGUAGAGGCCCUGCAGGACGGAGUCAAGUACUCCAACGGCAACCGGGCGUUGAAGCAUCUGGGCGUUCCGGCCAUUACUGUGCCUAUGGGAAUACUCGCAGAUAAGGAGAUGCCGGUUGGGUUGACGUUCGUUGGUAAGGCAUGGAGCGACAGCGAGCUUUUCCGUUACGCGUAUGCGUAUGAGACCGCGACAAGCCGUAGAAAGAGCCCGCCACUCGCACCGCGUCUCAUGACUGACGUUAUAAGAUCGGAGCGAGGCUCGAUGAAGGGUACCGAGAAGCUUGAGCUCGUCGUCGCCCAGGUUGACGUAAAGGCAGUCACAACGGAAAGCUCAGAAGUCCGCAAGGUUGUCAUCCGUGGAUCAUUAGUGCUUGGUAGCGCGGCACUGGACACCGAGGGGAUCCGUGUUUAUGUCAAUGGCGAUUUGUCGAGUCGUCCCCCUACGCUCACGGACGGCCAGUGGGAGUGGGCUGGACAAUUGGGCCGAGAAAAGGUCAAAGACCCGUAUCUAGUUCCGGGCAAGCUCGCCAGAGACCAGUUCAUGGUUGUCAUGGUGGCUCGGACUUCAACCGGGAGAUCGACCGGGCGCUUGAUCAUGGUUGACUGA